AUGGGCCUACCCAUCUUCAUAUGUCCCACAAACCACCAGAUCAUCUCUUCAGGCGGCAACCCAUCUCAUUCUUCCCUUCGAACCCCUCGUACCUCGACCACCGACCCUAGCUCUACGACAACUGCACUGGACUCGUCAACGCAUCCAUCGCCAACGACUUCCUUCUUCGCAACAGCCACUCCCACCCGCUCCUCACCCACAACCCCCACGGCUACUUCAUUCCCUUCCACCGCUGCCACUGCUAGUGACACAGUAGCGACCCAACCACGCCGCAACACCUACACACCCCCCACCUUCUCCCCCUCCACCGCCCGCCGAGAAUCUCUACUAUCCACCCACCGUUUGUCCCAAGCCUUUGACUUUGCUUCCGCUCUUGCUGUAGGUGUACUUGCCAAAGCUGCUGAUAGCGUGUAUGGAGGCGAGGGCCAGCAGCAACAGCAAGGUAUGCUAGAGGGUAUUUGGGGCGAGGAGGAUCUAGAGGCUGGAGAGAGACAGAGGGAAAAGGAAAGCAGGGAUCAGCAGGUGAGGUAUGCGAGGUUUGGGGAUGAGGGGGCGUUUGAGGGAUGGUUGGAUUGA